AUGGAUCCUUCAUUCCUCCUGGCCUUUCUUUUGCUCCUGGCCCUAUCAACACCUUGCAGUGCUUGUAAUUGUAAAAUUCAGCACCCUCAGACGUAUUACUGCACAUCGGACGUUGUCAUACUGGCUGAUAUACUAGGACCAGAGAACACCAGGACAAAACGAGGUUUCAGAGUGAAUGUCACUAAGGUACUCAAGGCUCCCCGGGGCACCCCAAGAAUCCGUGAGAUCUACACACCCAUCAAUUGGGUGGACUGUGGUUAUGGUUUGAGAACCUGCCAGCAGUCACUGUUACUUAUUGCAGAUGAGCGCUUUCUGAGGUCAGGGACAGUGUUCUUCACAAGGUGCCAUCUGGUCUAUUUCUGGUACCAGCUCACCAGAGAGCAGAAGCUGGGUUUCGAGGCAGCGUACAGAGCAGGAUGCGAAUGUGAAGAUGGGGGGUAUAGACAAGAGGUGGGCAGUCCGCUAUCUCCCUGCACCCUUAGAUUCAGCCCUGUCUCAUCUGCCGGCGUGACUGUCCUCAACCUGACUUCAGAGAGUGUGUGUGGAAACAGAAGGACUGUGACCACAAAAUAUGGGAAGGAAACCAUUCCCAGUACUCCAUGUGUGUCCCCUCCAUGA